AUGAGUUUCCGAGACAGCAUCGCGUUUCUACCGGACCCAGCAAGACGCAAAACGUUGAGCAGUCGCGCGAGCGUGUACAGCGUAUUGAGCCUCGUAUCCGGAAGUAGGAUGGGGACAUCAAGCGUGUCCACUGUGGGAAAAUGCACUGAACAUUCGAAAAUUACUAUAACGCACCGUAUAACCAUGGCGUACAAAGAGGUUGAAGAAAUGACGAAGAAGCUGAGCGAGGAAAAGAGCUUGGCAAAGAAGAGAAAAGCCCAAAUAAGGGCGGAGAUAGAGGAAGUGGAAAUUCGUAUCACCGAGGUGCACGAGGCGAAGGUGGAGUUCGAGGAGAAUGUUGUGGUCAAAGGUGUCGACAGGAUCACUGGAAAAAUCCCGGCUGAAAAGGUUACCAGAUUCAUCGAGGAAUGGCUGAGAUCGGCGAACACGAUAAUAGGGAGGCUGCGGUUGAGAAGCUCGACGUUAAAGAUGCUGAUCAAAAAGACUAGACAGCAGCUGGCCCAGAGAGAGGAGCUCGGAGAGGCGCUACGCGCCGUCGACUUCGAACAAUUGAAUAUUCAGAACAAGGAUUACAUAAGGAUGAUCGAGGAGAAGACGAUCUACGUGCUGGACAUGAAGAGGAUCGCAGGCCAUUAUCAUUUGAAACUGACGCAGCACAAGCAGAAACUGAGCGACCUGUUGUGUACUUUGAACGGUCUGAAGAAUGACAUUUCGCUGAAACAAGAGCAGAUUAACGAACUGGAGGACGAGCACAAACAGGUAGAGACGGAAGUGGCACACCUGAAUAAAGAGCUGGAGGAGCUGUUACACUACAUGGACAACUAUACUGUGCCGGAUAUUUUAGAUUUUGUGAAAUUAGAAAUACAGGUGCAGGAAUUACAGAAGAAAUACAAACUCUUAGACAGACGCAAGAACAUUCAAAAAAUCAUAUUUCGGACGUCCCGGAAGCAGGGUCAUAACCAAAAAUCGGUCCAAGAUAUCAUAAUGCAUAAAAAAAUAUCCGGCACGAUAUAUCCGAUCGCACCGUUCACCGUAAAUUCCUUAACUUCUCAUACUCAUACGAAUUGA